AUCCUUCCCCACGCAGUGUGUGUGUGCGUGUGUGUGUGAGAGAGAAUUUGCCCGUCGUGACGAGUGUCGUGACACGAUCCAUCGGGAAAUGGCAGUAGUGACGGUGAUGGUGGGAGGAGGCAGAAAAAAAGAACAGAAAAACGGGCUCCUUCGUCGGACCAGGCAUCCGGGGGCAGGCGACGACUGUCGUCAUACGGCCACAGAGCCUCUUUGCCUAGUUUUCUUUUGCUGCCUCCUCGCCUUUUGGAAGCAGCGGGUGUACAGGCAGGGCAAGGGGGAGGGAAGGGGGGAAGGCACACCAGGCACAAAGCCGCGCAGCACCGAUACCGAUACCGCUUCGCGGACGGCGAAUCCUGGGGUUGCCCGUUCUGUCCGUUCAAAUCUGUACCGUCAGUGUCCGUGUGUCUCUAUGUGUGUGUGUGUGUGUGUGUGUGCGUGGGGAUGUUGGAAAAAGCAGGGCUGGAAAUGGCACAGUGGGCACGAGAGCGAGACGGCGAGCGAGGAAAAAGGGUUCCUCGUGCUCUCCUCGCACGUCCGCCACGAGUUGUUCCCGUGCCCUGCCCGUGGUGUGGUUGUUUAGUAGUGUGAGACUGUGUGUGCGUGUGUGUGUGUGCUGCUGCUGCUGCUGCUGCAACCCAAGACAAUCCUUUCGGGCAGUGUAACCAGCAAGUGCCCUCACUCAACCCUUCUUCCCUGCCGGCUGCGCAUCAUCUUCCUCCAAAGCGGCGUGUAGACCUCUCGCGUGAAGCAAUGUGCACCUUCGGCUAGCUCCGGAAACGCCUCGCGUCGCAGCAGCAGCAGCAGCAGGUCGUAGGUGGUGUGGUCGCAGGCCCGCCUGGCAGUGCACCUUGUCGCGGUCCGAGUCCUGCGCCGUCUGGCUAGACCCCGACGCAACCUUCCAUUCUUACCGCUGCAACCCCGCACAGCCGCACAGUGACGAGCGCCGCGAAGCACCGCACCCCGGACGCACCCAAGAUGGAUGAUCUGCUACAGGCCGGCCACGUGGUCAAGGAAAGAUGGAAGGUGCUGAAGAAGAUCGGCGGCGGUGGGUUCGGCGAAAUCUACGAGGGGCAAGAUUUGAUCACGCGCGAGCAGGUCGCACUGAAGGUCGAGUCGGCCCGGCAACCGAAGCAGGUACUCAAGAUGGAGGUGGCCGUCCUGAAGAAGCUGCAAGGCAAGGAGCACAUCUGUCGGUUCAUCGGCUGCGGGCGCAACGAUCGAUUCAAUUACGUUGUGAUGCAGCUACAGGGGAAGAAUUUGGCCGAGCUGCGGCGGUCGCAGGCACGCGGUGCCUUCUCACUCAGCACAACGCUGCGCAUCGGCCUCCAAAUACUGAAAUCGAUCGAAUCCAUCCAUUCGGUCGGCUUCCUUCAUCGUGAUAUCAAACCAAGUAACUUUGCCAUAGGAAGACUACCGCUCACUAGUCGUAGAAUCUACAUGCUGGACUUCGGCUUAGCUAGGCAGUACACUACCGGUACGGGUGAGGUACGAUGUCCCCGAGCUGCGGCAGGAUUCCGCGGAACCGUAAGGUACGCUUCGUUAAACGCGCACAAAAAUCGUGAAAUGGGCCGCCAGGACGAUCUGUGGUCGUUGUUCUAUAUGCUUGUUGAGUUUGUUACCGGCCAGCUUCCAUGGCGUAAAAUUAAGGAUAAAGAGCAAGUUGGAAUGUUGAAAGAAAAAUAUGAUCAUCGUUUGCUACUCAAGCACUUGCCUUCGGAUUUCAAAUACUUCUUAGAGCAUAUUCAAUCCCUUAACUACGCCGACAAGCCGGAUUAUGCAAUGCUGAUCUCUCUGUUUGAACGAUGCAUGAAGCGCCGGGGCGUGAAGGAAACGGACCCGUUCGACUGGGAAAACAACGCCGACUACAACGCCGGCGAAGCCAAAGCUAUCAACGCAGCCGUACCAAAGAGUGAACUAAUCAAAAAACAUAAGGAUAUCGAAAUGACCGAGGAGAAACGCAAACCAAUCAUGGACUCGGCAAAAGUGCUACACACGGAACCGAUCGAAUCGAUGAAGCCGCAGAACGUGCUGAACGCGGGCGGCGGUGGUGGGGCGGCCGGGGCCGCGGCGGCGACCGCUGCCGCCAAGGCGGCCCUCAACCACGCGGACCAACACGAGCCGAACGAGGCAAAGAUACAGCAGGAGACGAAAACGGACGGUCCGGCGAUCGAGAUGGUGGUCGUGAAGGGUCUAAUAAGUUUUCCUAUUCACCAGAACGAGAUACCGCUGGUGCGGGCGCACACGGAGGUGAUGACGAAGCCGGCCAAGCACGGCAGCAACCGGCUGCGAAUACUGACCGCGCCGCCGGUCAACAUCAAGGAUUUCUCCUCCUCGCUCGACAAGCAGCAGUCGCAGUCGCCAUCGCAGCAGCACCAGCAGCAGCAGCAGCAGUCGCUGCACCACCAGUCGUCGCACCACAUGUCGCAGCAGUCGCACCACCACCAUCACCAUCACCAUCCGCUGCACGCGUCCAACGACGGCAACAACCUGUCGAUGGAGCUGAAGUCGAAGCUGCUGAAGACGGAGGCGGACGACCUGUCGUACGCGCCGUCGGACGGCAUGAUACUGCGCGAUCUCACCCAGCAGCACUGCCAGUCGGUCGGGCAGCCGAAGCAGCAUCACGACGGGCACCAGCAGCAGUCGUCCGCCGGCGGUGGCAGCCUGCAGCGCCAAAGCCUCACGCUCGGUGGCAAAAGCCUGCGCUCGUACGGCAGCACCACCACCAGCAACAAGUACGGCGGCGGGCGGAACGACGACAAGAGCUGCCGGGACUACUCGAUCACGCAGCACGCGAUCAUCGACGACGACAACGCGAGCCAGCACCAGACGCCCAAAUACCAGGGGGCGCUCACGCUCGCCUCGCAGUGGAAAAGCCAGUUCGACGACUCGGACGACUCGACCGACGGGCUCUGGAAGGGCGAACAACAUUCCGAAAAUGCAUCGAAGAAAAACUACACUAACCUCAACAAGAGCAGCAUGGCCGCCGGCCAGCCGAAGGAGCACCACCAGCCGGUGUCGCCGCCCCAGCCGCCGCCGCUGCCUCCGCCCCCUCAGACGAACGGGCAGCUAAGCGGGGCCGGCCCCGUACCGACGCGGAACGGGCACGCCGAGCAGCCGCACGGCGGGACGGAGAAUGGGACGGCCUCGUUGCCGUCGCAGGCGCCGCCGCCGCCGCUACCACCGCUGCCCCAGUGCGAGGGUGCGGCCGUACCGCUGCCGGACUAUGCCGGCAGCGGCUGCGACAAGCAGCAGCUGGUGGCCGCCCUGGCCGCCGAACCCGACUGUGGGCCGCUCGUGGACGCGACCAGCUUGCUGCCGCGCGUGGCAGUACCGGCGGAGGACGGCAGCAAUAAUCAGGGGGUGGAGGAGCGUGACGGGGCCGCCGAACCCGCCGAUGAUGGUGCACCGCAGGGUGCAGGGGCAAACGAGGAGGAGGAGCAGGGAGAAGAAGAAGAGGAAGAAGCGGAAGAGGAGGAGGAGGAGGAGGAAGAGGAGCAGCAGCAGGGCGAAGAGGAAGAAGCGGAGCCAAGGGGGGGAAAGGUGGAGGGCGCCGGAGGGGGACCGAUGAUCGUCAGCGUCGGCAGCCUGGUCGGAGGCUUCGAGGCGGUGGCGGCGGCAGCGGCUGCCGCCGCCGUUACCGCGACACCCGUUACCGCCGGCGGCAACGCGGAACUAUCUAGUAAUCUUAAAUCUUAACUCUCUCUCUCUCUCCGACACACACACACACAGAUACAGAGACACACUCAAAGAGAAAAACAAAAACACUCCUUCCUCAGCUAGCGCGUUUUUGUUUUGCCACGACAGCAGCAGCAAAAAGAAGCAUCAGCUUGCGGCUAUUUACAGAUCCAGCAAACUAAGUGUAGGUAGAGAAAGCGAGACCGAGAGAAAGAGAGAGAAAGAGAGAGAGAAAGAGAGAAGCAAACGUGAUGUUAGCAAGAUACAAUAAUAGUGUGACAAGGGUAACGGCGUUAACGUAACGCGACCAGUCAAACCGAAAGAGGUGGUAACGCGUAACGCCGUCGAUCCGGUGGCGUUACACAAGUGUAUGGAGCUUCGAACCCGAAACUCUUCUAGUCUAUACCACACCCUCUCGUUUUGGCUUGGGGGCGCCCCGUUACCAGGUGUCCCUGUAUGAGUGCAAUAUGCUAGCAGGAUUACAAACAGAGAGACACACACACACACACACACCGCCAUGGGUGCGAUAAGAGCCGAUUACUACUACGUAACUGGCUUACCUAGGAUGUUAUCUAUCAUCUCCCUCCUUCCAACUCCCGCUCCUCGGAAUCGGCCUAGUUCCUGCGUCGGUGGGCAAACCCCAAUGCCCCGAGGGCGUUGCGUGCCAUCUUGGAGAGUUUAACGAUUUAAGCAUAGCGUUCCCUCACUGUGGUACUAUAAUCUCACGCGGUCCUUGUUACGCGAGGAUGUCCGACAACGUCUGGCCUUGUCGGACACACGCCCUGUACCGUCAUAGCAGUAGGCUUCGGACGCUAAUAUCACGUAAACACUACUACAACUACUCAACCAGUCAGUGAAGGAACUCAUCGAUGGAGGGAAACAGAAAACGAUCUCACGAGAAUUUAUUCAACAGGUACAGGUGGGGGGAAAGGGGGGGCGGAAAGUCGAGAAUCUCCACCCGCACCCCAUCAACGGCUGGUGGUGGUGAUCAACCAAAGGGGGGAGGGGGGGGGGGAAAUGGAAGGAAAAAACCAACAACCCAGGAGGCCGAAUCUAACGAGCAAUGCUAGCGAUGGAAAAAUCCGACGGAAGAAGAAAAAGAAACAGAAAACAAGUAGAAACUAAAAAGAGCGCGUUGUUCGUAAAAUUAAACAAACACACACACGAAACUUACCAAAAGCAAGCAUUCAUGCAAAGCCCAUGACAAAGCAAACUAAUAAAGGGAAAAACAACACUAAAAACUACCAAAAAAAAAAAGGCGUACCACAAACACACACACACACAUUUACAUACACUAAAACCAAAAAUGGGGGCAAACAAAGGGAGAAGGAAGAAAACGGAGCAGCAGCAGAAGCGUAUGUGCGAUAAACUACACAACAAGUGAGGCAAAACAAACAAAACUUUCCACGACAAAAGUGGAGAGGGGGAAGGCACAGGGAAGAGAAGAAAAAACAAGAAAAAUAAGAGAUGGAAUGGGCGGAGUGGGUGAGUGGGUGGGCGGGAUGUGGAGGAAAACACACAAACACACGGAAAUUGGAAGGAAAACACGGAAAAUUAACGCUGACAGGAUUAAGCGAAUAAAUCAAUGAUAACACACACGAUACCCACUAAUAGCCAAAGGUGGAUCACUA